CUGACGGUGAGAUUAGGCUUCAGCCACGCUGUCCGUCUUUGUCCUCCCUGUCCUCAUUAGACACACAGCCGACUGUCCAGGGAGCAACAUGAACGGUACGAUGGACGGGAUCUACGACCGCGAUCCUCAUGACGGAUCCUUCAUGUUCACCUCGGAGUCCGUGGGAGAGGGACACCCUGAUAAGAUAUGCGACCAGAUCAGUGACGCUGUGCUGGAUGCUCACCUGAGGCAGGACCCCGACGCCAAGGUGGCUUGUGAGACGGUGUGUAAGACCGGCAUGGUGCUGCUUUGUGGUGAGAUCACGUCCAGAGCCAACGUGGACUACCAGAAGGUGGUGAGAGACACCAUCCGAGACAUCGGAUACGACAACUCAAACAAAGGCUUCGACUAUAAGACCUGUAACUUGCUGGUGGCCCUCGAGCAGCAGUCCCCGGACAUCGCACAGGGAGUUCACAUCGACCGCCCGGAGAGCGACAUCGGAGCUGGAGACCAGGGUCUGAUGUUCGGAUACGCCACAGAUGAGACGGAGGAGUGCAUGCCCCUCACCGUCGUCCUCGCACACAAACUCAACUCCAAGAUGGCCGAGCUGAGACGCAGCGGGGCGGUCCCGUGGCUCCGCCCCGACUCCAAGACGCAGGUGACGGUUCACUACACCCAAGAGAACGGUGCCGUGAUCCCCAAGAGGGUUCACACCGUGGUGAUCUCGGCGCAGCACGACGACGACGUGAGUCUGGAGGAGCAGAAGAAGGUCCUGAUGGAGGAUGUCAUCAAGGCCGUGGUCCCCGCGAGGUACCUGGACGACAACACCGUCUACCACCUGCAGCCCAGCGGACGCUUUGUGAUCGGCGGUCCACAGGGUGACGCUGGAGUGACGGGCAGGAAGAUCAUCGUGGACACAUACGGAGGCUGGGGGGCGCACGGUGGGGGGGCUUUCUCUGGGAAGGACUACACCAAGGUGGACCGGUCGGCUGCCUACGCCGCACGCUGGGUGGCCAAGUCUCUGGUGAAGGCCAAGCUGUGCAGGAGAGUGCUGGUGCAGGUAUCGUACGCCAUCGGAGUCGCCCACCCGCUCUCCAUCUCCCUCUUCACCUACGGCUCCUCUCAGCAGAGCGAGAAGGAGCUGCUGCAGGUCGUCAACAAGAACUUCGAUCUCAGACCCGGCGUCAUCGUCAGAGACCUGGACCUGAAGAGACCGAUCUACCAGAAGACGGCCUGCUACGGACACUUUGGGAGGAAGGACUUCCCCUGGGAGGUCCCGAAGAACCUCAACUUCUAGAGUAUCUGUGUGUGUGUGUGUGUGUGUGUGUGUGUGUGUGUGUGUGUGUGUGAGAGAUGUAUAGAUAGCUGACCUCGUGCUCCUGUAACCUGGUAAGGCAGCUGGGAGGGAUGGGUCAGGGUGGGUGCAGAUAGUCUCUGCUGAUUGGACGAAGGAUUGAUGGACCCCUUCAAUAGUAACCUGAAAUAUGAGCGAGCUCUUUGGUAUUUCUGUCUUGGUAUGAAGACCUGCAGGGACUUGACCGCCACAAAACAACAAAAGAUAUACAGCAGAUUUCCCAAAGUUCAGUCAUAAGUUCAUUGCUGCAUGCAUCCUAAUAUUUAUAACAGAUUCUAACUAUAGAUAGUACUUUUGAAUGAGAGAAAGCUGAGAUAGAUAGCAGAGAGUCUGCAGGUGGAAGUUGGAUAAUCCAAAGCUUUCAGUUCUUUAUAGUUUGAAUGCACAAAGUUAGAAACACUGUUCUGCUCUAAGGUCUAAGUUGCAUAUUAUUUGGUACCAAACCAAACGACCUGCAGACACUUGAUCCACACAAAGAUGAGAUGUGAUCUCAGAAGGUAUACAGCAGAUCUCCCAAAGAAGUUUCAAGUGAGAGAAUUAGAGAAAAACUUGGUUCCUCAAAUGUACAGUAUAUACUGUGUGUUUAUGUUGGUCAGUGUUUCUAUUUAGUAGAUAGCUGGCUGUUAGGAGAGAGAGAGAGAGAGAGAACGAGAGCAUCUGAAAAUACUGUCGAAGAAGUUUCAAAUGUCAGCGACUAAUAACAUUAAUAAUCCUGAAUGCUUCCUAACAUUUAUUUUUGUAUAAUAAAUACCUGCAGGUUGUAGUGUCUAAUCUAAAACAUAUUUUAUUAUUAAUAUUUGGUAUAAGCUGCAAGUCAAUAGUUUUUAGUUUCUUUUUAAAAUCAAUACACAAACCUGCAUUCUGAUCAUCAGAUGAACUUCGUAGGUUGUUUGAGUUUCGUAUUAUUUGGUGCUUAAAACGUAAAUUCAAGACCUGCAGAGACACAUGCAAAGCAAAUAAGAGAUGUGAAUUAAGAGAAACACUGAAUGCUUCCUGACGUUUGUUUUCACAUGACAGACAGCUGCAGGUCCUCGAGUCUAAUCUCAAGAUCUUAAAUGAUUACAAUACAGGCUGAAUGUCUUACUUAUUUUUAGAGCUUUAUUAUGAAAUCAAUGCACAAACCUGCUUUCUGAAUAUCAUACUUUCUUCUACGGUCGUUACAUGAAACAGCCGUUUCUUCAGUUUGAUAUUAUUUGACAAUAAAAACAUCUGGACGUCUGCUAAACAAAGAUGUGAUCUCAGAAUGUUUAAAAGUCACAGAAGCAGAAGAAAAACUUUGCAUAUACCGUUUCAUAAAUAAUGUAAA